AUGGUAUUGAUAUUUCAACCGGCUGAGGAACAAGGCGAAGGAGCAAAACAGAUGAUCAAAAAAGGUGUUCUUGAAAAAGCGGAGGCCAUUUUCAGUCUACAUUUAUUCCUCUCCUUGGAUUCUGGUGUCGUUGCAUCUAGAUCCGGCGACUUCUUGGUGGGGUGUGGCUUUUUCAAGGCGGUGAUCCAUGCCAAAGGAGGUCAUGCCGCUAUUCCUCAAGAUUCUGUAACUGAUCCAAUUUUGGUUGUUUCAGCUACAGUAAUUAGCUUACAACAUAUUGUAUCUCAAGAGGUUGAUCCCUUAGAUAUGCCUGUUGUUUUUGUAACAAUGUUGGAUGGUGGAACUGGGCUUAAUGCAAUUCCAAAUUCAGUCUCCAUUGUUGGUACUUAUAGAUAUGUUAGCAAAAAGGGCUUCUAUGCACUUGCAGAAACAAUACAAGAGGUCCGGAAUCAUCAACUCUGGAGACCAUCGGACUCCUCCUGCCGAACACCAAGCAAAACAAACACCACCGGAUUUGCGACUUGUUUGGAUUUCUGGUAG